AUGAAGUUCAUCUCUGUUAUCGCUCUCCUAGCCCCCGCCGUCCUGGCCGCCCCUGGCGAGGCCUGGAUCAGCCUCCUCAAUGAACAGUGCCCUAAUAUCUCAGAGCAGUGUCUUGAUAUUGCUAAGAAGGUCCAUCGGCCGGGGUUCGGUGUGCUUGAAGUUGGUCAAGCUACACAGGCCAUGCCGACUUGUACCCCAGCCUAUGUGGAAUGUAUCCAAAACAUCUCAGGUGACUCUCCUGAUGUUUCUACUUUUCCUCAGCCAGACGCCACUCAAGGACAGCUCGCUACAUGCCUCCUAAAUAUUGCCCCUGAUCAUAUUAAGUACUUUCUCGACAAUGAUAAAGCUUCGACACCGAUUCCGGCUAGCCAAAACUGUGCAUUGCGAGAGCUGCACCGCGUCGCGCACGUUGAACUGGGUCCCUUGGCAUAA